AUGACUAUCCCCGGCAUCCCGAACCCCGCCGUACCCUACGGCAGCAUAGUCGUCAUUUCCGGCGCCAGCGGUUUCAUCGGCUCUCACGUCGCGGACCAGGCCCUAGCAGCCGGCUACAAAGUCCGCGGCACCACGCGAGACGUCCAGAAGAACCAAUGGAUCGUAGACCUGUUUACCGAGAAAUAUGGCAAAGGAACUUUCGAGCUGCUCGCGGUGCCCGACAUGGAAGCCGAGAGGGCCUUUGAUAAUGCGGUCGACGGAGCACUCGGCUUUAUCCACGUCGCCAACGACAUGACAGGCUCCAGAGACCCCGCGGUCGCCAUCCCCAGAGCGGUAAACGGCGCGCUGAACGCCCUCAAGUCGUCGGCUAAAGCAGGCCUGAAGCGCUUCGUCUUCACCUCGUCAUCCUUCGCGGUAACGCAGCCGAAGCCCGGAAAAGUCUUCACCCUCACCGAGGACAGCUUCAACGUCGAGGCCGUCGAGCGCUGCAAGCAGCCCGGCGCGGACGGCGAGACGGUCUACUCGGCGAGCAAAGUAGAAGCCGAGUGGGCGAUUUCGAAAUGGGUCGAGGAGAACAAGCCCUCCUUGGUGGUGAACACAGUCCAACCCAACGCCAACAUCGGCCCGUUGAUCAACGCCGCGAAGCAGGGCUACCCGACCUCGGCGCGCUGGGUCAAGAAGCUCUGGGACCACGACUACGACUCGCUCCGGGGCACGCCGCCGCAGCACUACAUCAACGUGCAGGACGACGCGCGGCUGCACCUCGUCGGGCUCGCGCACCCGGGGGUCCGGGGCGAGCGCAUCUUCGCCAUCGCGGCGCCGGUGAACCUCCGCGGCAUCGUCGAGAUUUUGCGCAAGUCGUUCCCGCAGAAGAAGUGGGAGGAUUUUCCGGACGGGGGGGAGGAGGAUAGGGCGGUGUACGUGCCGAGUAAGAGGGCGGAGGAGUUGUUGAGGGAGGCGUAUGGGCACGGGUUUGUCGGGUUGGAGGAGAGUGUUAGGGGGAACGCGGCUGAUUUGGCUGCCGGGGCGUGA